AUGGAAUUCCCCUCUCGUUAUCAGAUCGACAUACCCGAUGUGGACGUUCUAACCUAUGUGUUUGGAACACCAACUCCAGGAGACGGCCCCUUCGUCUACUUAGAUGCAGAGACACAAACGCAAGGUUUUCGUAAAUCCGAAUUGGAAACAUACGUCAAGAAGCUUGCAGGGGGCCUCCGUGCGACGAAGAGGAUAAAGAACGACGACGUCAUCUUGGCAUACACUCAGAAUUCCAUUUGGUAUCCAAUUAUCGUGCUCGGGGCCAUAUGUGCGGGUGGAAUUUUUACCGGUGCCAAUCCAGGGUAUACCUCGAUAGAGCUAACCCAACAUCUCACCAUUUCUGGCGCGACCUGCAUCUUUACCGAUUCCGAACGACUCGAGGCAGCUGUGGAGGCUGCAGACGCCGCGGCCUUACCAAGAUCAUCCAUAGUUUUACUCGACGACGGCAGAGAGCCCGCGUUGGUUGAUUUACACCGUAUACAGGACUUUCUGGCUAGCCCUCAUUCAUGGGAAGUGAUCAAGGAUCCCCAGGUGUUGACCGAGAAGGUUGCUGUUCUUAAUUUUAGCAGUGGUACAACUGGAAACCCCAAAGCUUGUAUGAUCACCCACCGCAAUCUAGUUGCCAAUGCAGAACAGACUCUGCACCUGGAUGAGGUAGCUCGAGAAAGAUCAUCAAGUAUGAAUCAUUCUUCUCAUGAAACCCAUUGUGCAUUUCUGCCACUCUAUCACGCUAGUGGUUUGCUCACCUAUUGCAUCGUUAAUCUACGAAGAUCUUGUACCACAGUCGUCAUGCGCAAGUUCAGCUUGAGACUUCUCCUCAGCACCAUACAACGAUUUCGCGUCACGUCCCUCUUUCUAGCCCCGCCAGUGGUACUAAUGCUGGUCGAGAGUGAUCUUUUAUCUCAAUACGACCUUUCGAGUGUCGAGCUCUUGCUCUGUGGAGGAGCUCCUCUUCAACCAGAGCAAUCCAGAAAGCUAGAAGCAGUGUUUGGUGAUGGCAGGGUUCGCAGCCGACAAGGCUGGGGAAUGACAGAGGCUACAAUGGCUGUCACUCUGUUUGCGCCCGACGAGUUUGAUCCUUCACACAAAGGCGUCGGGUACCUUGUUGCUAACAUGCAGAUGAAGAUAGUCGCUGACGAUGGUAGUCAAGUUGGCUAUUGCGAGGAGGGUGAAGCUUUUGUUCGAGGUCCCAACGUCUUCAAGGGUUACUACAAGAACCAGAGCGCCUCUCAGCAAGCGUUUGACUGGAUGGGUUGGAUGAGAACAGGAGAUAUUGUGACUAUUCAAAGGAGCGGACUCGUGACAGUCGUGAACCGUAAGAAGGAGCUUAUCAAAGUGAAAGGUUUUCAAGUUGCACCAUCGGAGCUUGAAGGACAUCUCCUCGAGCAUCCAGGCGUCAAAGACUGCGCAGUCACUCGAAUAAUCCUAAACGGCCAAGAGCACCCGCAAGCUCAUAUCGUAGCCAGAGACAGCGACGUGACGGCCGAAUCUAUAAUGGAGUUUUUACAAGGACGACUUUCAGCACACAAAAGGAUCACCGGUGGAAUUGUUUUUACAAAAAGCAUCCCAAAGUCCGCGUCCGGCAAGAUUCUGCGCUGGAUGCUCCAAGACCCGGGACAUGCUAGAUUAACACAUCUUUGA